AUGAGACUGGUUGCCAAGGCGGCACUCGGCGGAGCUCAAGUUCUCUUCCUCCCAGAAGCAUCAGACUACAUUGCCGUCAAUGCCCGAGCCUCAUUAGACUUGGCCGUCCCGCAAGAGUCGUCUCCGUUCGUCCAAGGCCUCCGAGCCGCUGCCAAGGCCCACUCGAUUGCCGUCCAUGUCGGCAUCCACGACACCGUUGUGGGCCAGGAGAAGAUACUGAACCGGGCCCUGUAUAUCAACGCCGACGGCAGCAUCGAAGACGCGGCCAUGUACGACAAGCUACAUGUCUUUGAUUACGGGACCCUCCGGGAGAGCGCAACCGUCCAGCCGGGCACGAGAUUCACGCCGCCGUUUGACUCCCCCGUCGGCAGAAUAGGCAGCCUCAUCUGCUUCGACUUGCGGUUCCCAGAAGCAGCCCUCGCCCUCGCCCAGCCGGGCAGCGGCAGCCCCUGGGCCGCCCGUCCGGCUCAGAUCAUCACCUAUCCCAGCGCAUUCACGCUGCGGACGGGAGAGGCGCACUGGGAGACGUUGCUCCGCGCUCGCGCCAUCGAGACGCAGAGCUACAUUGUGGCGGCGGCUCAGGUCGGCCGGCACAACGAGAAGCGGGCCAGCUAUGGCCGCAGCAUGGUUGUCGAUCCGUGGGGCAAGGUCCUGGUCUGCCUCAAGGGCGUAUCAGACGCCGAUGGCAACGCGGAAGACGGGGCCGUGGAGGAGGUUGGCUUCGCAGACAUUGACCUUGAUGGGCUGGAGAGGAUACGGAGGGAGAUGCCGCUCCAGCGGCGAACGUGA